CCCGGCGCUGCGGAGCCAUGGGCAAGGACCAGGAGCUGGUGCAGGCGGUGAAGGCGGAGGACAUCGCGGCCGUGCAGAAGCUGCUGCAGAGGCCCAAGCCCGGCAAAGCCAAGCUCCUUGGAUCAGCCAAGAAAGUCAAUGUCAACUUCCAGGACACGGAUGGGUUCUCGGCUCUGCACCAUGCAGCACUCAACGGCAACACGGAGCUCAUCUCACUGCUGCUGGAGGCACAGGCUGCAGUGGACAUCAAGGACAACAAAGGCAUGCGGCCCCUGCACUACGCUGCUUGGCAAGGCAAGAAGGAGCCCAUGAAAAUGGUGCUGAAAGCAGGUUCCUCCGUGAAUAUCCCAUCGGACGAGGGCCAGAUCCCCCUGCACCUGGCAGCACAGCACGGGCACUACGACGUGUCUGAGAUGCUCUUGCAGCACCAGUCCAACCCCUGCAUCAUGGACAAUUCAGGCAAGACACCCCUGGACCUGGCGUGCGAGUUUGGCCGGGUUGGGGUGGUGCAACUGCUCCUGAGCAGCAACAUGUGUGCGGCGCUGCUGGAGCCCAAGCCGGGGGACACCACAGACCCCAAUGGCACCAGCCCCCUGCACCUUGCCGCCAAGAACGGCCACAUCGACAUCAUCCGGCUCCUGCUGCAGGCUGGCAUCGACAUCAACCGGCAAACCAAGGCGGGCACGGCGCUGCACGAGGCGGCUCUCUGUGGCAAGACGGACGUGGUGCGGCUGCUGCUGGAUAGCGGGAUCAACGCCCAUGUCAGGAACACCUACAACCAGACAGCUCUCGACAUCGUCAACCAGUUCACCACCAGCCAGGCCAGCAAGGAGAUCAAGCAGAUGCUGCGGGAUGCCUCCGCUGCUCUGCAGGUCCGGGCUAUCAAGGACUAUUGCAACAACUACGACCUGACCAGCCUCAACGUGAAAGCUGGGGAUGUCAUCACCGUGCUGGAGCAGCACGCGGACGGGCGCUGGAAGGGCUGCAUCCAUGACAACCGGACCGGCAACGACCGCGUCGGCUACUUCCCCUCCAGCCUCGUUGAGGCCAUAAGCAAACGAACAGGUUCAUGGGAGACUGUAACAAUCCCCCAACAGUACCAAAAGAUCCCGCUCCCGGCUUACGGGGCUGCUGUGCUAAACGGUGACGCCUCGUCCCAUGCGUUCCAUUCCCUGCCUCCACCUCCACCUCCACCACCACAUUCCCAUCAGACUCUUUUCAGUUCCUUUGGCUAUCACAGGCUCUCCCCUAGCAGUGCCGACGAGCCGCGUUACGGACAAGGGUCCCGCGGGGCCGACAUGAGCCCGUCCCACCUCUCGCCAUCGCAGGGCGGAUCAGUUGUGCCAGCUCCUGCCGAGGAGAUCUGGGUGCUGCGGAAACCCUUCGCAGGUGGCGACCGCAGCAGCCUGGGCAGCACGGGCAGCGUGGCCUCCGCCCGCAGCUCGGGGAGCGGGCAGAGCGCGGGCAGUGGGGCACACGCACUGCAUGCUGGCUCUGAAGGCGUUAAGCUGCUGGCAACCGUCCUUUCCCAGAAGGCUUCUGCGCAAGAGACAGUCGUGGGCGAUGGGCCGGCCAAGGCGCAGGACAUCCCCGCAGGUUCAUCGCGGUCCCAGAGCAUGGCCGGGUCCCCGUAUGGUCCCCAGCCCCCUGCUGAGCCCCAGCUGAAGAAGAUGGAGCCACCAUCAGAGGGGAAGAGCUCGGAGGCUGUGUACCAGUGGCUCUGCAAGUUCCAGCUGCAGCUCUACGCGCCCAACUUUAUCAACGCUGGCUACGACAUCACCACCAUUAGCCGGAUGACGCCAGAGGACCUCACAGCCAUUGGUGUCACCAAGCCUGGGCACAGGAAGAAGAUUGCCUCUGAGAUCAACAACCUCAACAUCCCUGAGUGGCUGCCAGAGUACAAGCCGGCCAACCUGGCGCUGUGGCUCUCUAUGAUUGGCCUGUCCCAGUACUACAAGGUGCUGGUGGAGAAUGGCUACGAGAACAUUGACUUCAUCACCGACAUCACCUGGGAGGACCUACAGGAGAUUGGCAUCACCAAACUAGGCCACCAGAAGAAGCUGAUGCUGGCAGUGAAGAAGCUGGCAGAGCUGCAGCGCGCUGAGCUGGGCAAAUAUGAGCCAGGGACACUGAAGAGGAAGGCGUCAGCAGCAGCGUGCCCAGACGUCCUGGCCAUUGAGUCUCCCCCACCAGAGCCAGCCGAGUGCCAGUCGCCCAAGAUGACCACCUUCCAGGACAGCGAGCUCAGCAGCGAGUUGCAGGUGGCCAUGACAGGCGAAGCCCCCGAGGAACCCCCCGAGAAGGCCACAAACACAGCAGCCCCUGGCUACCGCUCGCCCCCGGGGCUGGGUGGCCGUACCAGGCAGAUGAGCAGCUCACAGGAGCUGCUGGGGGACGGCCCUCGGGGACCCCCUGCUGCCGCCAUCUCCAAGAGCCAGGAGUACCUGGCAGAGGGAGCUGGCGAGGCCCCCCCCGCACCCCCCAAGGAGGGCCGUCAGCCCCGGCACGGCCACCCUGUCAAGCGUGCCAGCGUGCCACCGGUGCCUGGCAAGCCCCGGCAGCCCUUCGCACCUUCCACCGGGCACCUGACACCGCCACAGACGCCCAGCAAGCCGCGGCCCCCCUCCCCACAGGGCCCGCUGGUCCCUCAUGCCACCGCCAAGGUGAAGCCCACCCCGCAGCUGCUGCCUCCGGGCGAUCGGCCCGUGUCACCCCGCUCCCUGCCCCAGUCGCCCACCCACCGUGGCUUCGCCUACGUGCUGCCGCAGCCAGCUGAGGGCGAGGGGGGACCCCCGGGCGUGCCUGUCCUGCCUGUCUCGGUGCCGGUGCUGUGCCUGCCGCCGGCAGGUGAGGGUGAGGAGGAGCCGGGGAGGCCAAAGAAGCGGGCGCACAGCCUGAACCGCUACGCCGCCUCCGACAGCGAGCAGGAGCGGGACGAGCUGCUGGUGCCGGACGCCGGGCCCUACGCCACCGUCCAGCGGCGCGUGGGACGCAGCCACUCGGUGCGAGCACCCGCCGGCGGCGACAAGAACGUGAACCGCAGCCAGUCCUUCGCUGUCCGCCCCAAGAAGAAGGGGCCUCCGCCGCCACCCCCCAAGCGCUCCAGCUCUGCCAUCUCCAGCACUGGUAUGGCUGAGGACUUCCCCAAGGAGGGUGAGGGAGAAGUGGCUGCCGGGACCCCCACCGCUGAGGGCGAAAGCCGCCGGGAGCAGCGGCGGGCCAGCGACCUGGGCGGCAGCGUGGACACGGGCAGUGCCGGCAGCGUGCGCAGCAUCGCGGCCAUGCUGGAGAUGUCCUCCAUCGGCGGGGGGGCCCGGGCACUGGCGCUGCAGAAGCCACAUGUGGCCGGUGGACCAGGGCCAGCUAAGGCGCCUGAGAGCUACUACCUGCAGCCCGGGGUCCCCCCAGGCAGCCCCGAGCGUGCCCGUGUGGCCACUGUCCUGGCCACUGUGAAGCACAAGGAGGCCAUUGGGCUGGACGGGGAGGUGGUGAACCGGCGCAGGACCAUCAGUGGCCCCGUCACCGGGCUGGUGGCAGCCGCCCGCCGUGAGCGCGCCGACAGCGUGCGGUCAGAGGCGGGUACCAAUGGCUCGGGUGAGCGGCUGCGGGUCGAGCGUGGCGGCUCCCCGGACGGCAUCCCCUUUGCCGAAGAGGGCAACCUCACCAUCAAGCAGCGGCCACGGCUCCUGGGGCCAGCCCGUGGGGAGGCAGGUGAGGGGCUGUCCCCAGCCCACCGCCACGGGGACCUGGCCAAGGUGGAGGCCAGUGCCACGCUCAAGCGGCGGAUCCGGGCCAGGCAGAGCCAGCAGGACGGCGUCCGCUUCGUCCUCACCGAGUCCGACACGGUCAAGCGCAGGCCCAAGACCAAGGACAAGGAGGCGGCGCUGGAGCCGGCCCCACUUGCCGUCUACCAGAAUGGCACAGGCACCGUCAAGCGGCGGCCGGCCUCCGAGCUGAGCGGGGCUGAGCCACCCCCCACCCCUCCACCUGCCACCCGCCCCGACGGCCCCGAAUACACCCUGGCACCUGCUGAGCCCAAGAAGCCCUUCAAGCCACCCGUGUCUCCCAAGCCUGUGCUGACGCAGCCGCCUCAGAAGGUGCCAGGACCACCAGCGCCCAUCCCCAAAAAGGUGCCCAUCCCGAGUCCCGGCAGUCCAGAGGUGAAGCGGGUCCAUGGCACACCUCCCCCUGUGUCCCCCAAGCCAACACCACCCCCCACGGCACCGAAGCCCCCCAAGCCCCAUGCCGCCAUCCAGUCGGUCAGCGCCAGCUCCACACCAGCCCCAUCGCCCGCCCGGCAGCUGGGCCCCGGUGCCGCCAAGCCCUCCAGCACGCCCCCCUCGCUCUGCUCCAGCCCCGCCAAGCCCCUCUCGCCCGGUGCGCAGCCCCAGCAGGUGCCGGUGAAGCCACCCCGCUCUGCCAUCGCUGGCCCCUCUGUCGACAGCGCCGGCCCUGAGCUGGCACAGCAGAAGCUGGAGGAGACGAGCGCGUCCCUGGCUGCUGCGCUGCAGGCCGUGGAGGAGAAGAUCAAGCAGGAGGACAGUCAGAUGGCAGACUCGGCCGUGGAGUCGAAGAGCACCGUGAGCAUCCUGGAUGACAUCGGCAGCAUGUUUGACGACCUGGCAGACCAGCUGGAUGCCAUGCUGGAGUGAGGGGCACCACGGCCCCACGAACCUCAGGGCUAACGUGGGCACAAGGGCACAACGAUCCACGACCCCCGGCUGCGCCGCCCGCCUCCCGUCCCCG